CAAGGAACAUGCGAAAUUUAAAGAAAAAGUAAAAGGCCUGCCUCGAAAAUAACACAGUGUAAAUAUUUAGACAAUUUUGACGAAAACCGACUAAGAGCAGCUGUUAGAAAACCACGUUACAAAACCUGCCGUUUUGUAACGUCAUGUCUGAAAACGUGACUGCAGGAGAGGAGCCGCCGAACCGACAACAGACACCGACCCGGGAGGAUACAACUCUCUGAUACAGAAGCCUUUGUGUGUGUUUGUUUGUUUCAGACACGACUAAUUCUGCUGUGGAGUAAACAACACAAAUAUGUCUACCUCCCGUACAGUAAUAUGUUUGCUAAGGAACGACUUGCGUGUCCACGACAAUGAGCUUUUCCACUGGGCUCAAAGAAAUGCUGAAUACAUCGUCCCACUGUACUGCUUCGACCCCAGACACUAUGUGGGCACUUACAACUACAACCUACCAAAGACUGGGCCUUUCCGUCUGCGCUUCUUACUGGAGAGUAUCAGAGACCUCAGAAACACAUUGAUCAACAAAGGCAGCAAUCUCGUGGUGAGACUGGGUAAGCCAGAGGACGUAGUUGCAGAUCUCAUCAAGCAACUGGGCUCUGUCAGCAGUGUGGCUUUCCAUGAAGAGGUUACUUCAGAAGAGCUGAAUGUGGAGAAAAAGGUAAAGGAAGUCUGUGCGCAGAUGAAGGUCAGAGUUCAUACCUGCUGGGGCUCUACGCUUUACCACAGAGAUGAUCUACCAUUCCCCCACAUGUCCAGGCUGCCUGAUGUCUACACUCAGUUCAGAAAGGCAGUGGAGAGCGAGGGCAGGGUGAGGCCUGUGUUCCCAACCCCAGAGAAGCUGAACCCCCUUCCCCCGGGCCUUGAGGAGGGACCCAUUCCUAUAGCAGAAGACCUGCAACAGACAGAGCCUGUGACUGAUCCUCGCUCAGCUUUCCCCUGUAGCGGUGGGGAGAGUCACGCCCUGACCAGACUUAAACACUAUUUCUGGGACACUGAUGCAGUUGCAGCUUACAAAGAGACUCGCAACGGUUUGAUCGGUGUGGAUUAUUCCACUAAGUUUUCACCUUGGCUGGCGAUGGGUUCCAUUUCACCUAGAUAUAUUUAUCAUCAGAUCAAGCAGUACGAGAAGGAGCGGACAGCUAAUCAGAGCACAUACUGGGUCAUUUUUGAACUUUUGUGGAGGGACUACUUCAGGUUUGUGGGUGUGAAGUACGGAAAUCGAAUUUUUCAAGUCAAAGGGCUUCAAGACAAAUCUGUGCCGUGGAAAAAGGAGAUGAACCUAUUUGAUGCAUGGAAAGAGGGACGCACCGGAGUGCCUUUUGUUGAUGCCAACAUGAGGGAGUUGGCAACGACAGGCUUUAUGUCCAACAGGGGGAGACAAAAUGUUGCUAGCUUCCUCACAAAGGAUCUAGGCCUUGACUGGAGGAUGGGAGCUGAGUGGUUUGAAUCCCUUCUGAUUGACCACGAUGUCUGCAGCAAUUACGGCAACUGGCUGUACAGCGCUGGCAUAGGAAAUGACCCCAGAGAAAACAGGAAGUUCAACAUGAUCAAACAAGGCCUUGACUACGACAGUAAUGGUGACUACGUGCGGCGGUGGGUUCCAGAGUUGCAGAGCAUCAGAGGAGGUGACGUGCACACACCCUGGGCGCUCAGCGCCGCGGCGCUGUCACACGCUCACGUGACCCUUGGGGGGACCUACCCGACUCCCAUCGUCAUGGCACCUGAAUGGAGCAGACACAUUAGCAAGAAAGUGGGUGCCACAGGACCUUCACCAAGAGGAAAGAAAGGCCCGUCUCACACUCCCAAACAGCAUCGGGACAGAGGCAUCGACUUCUAUUUCUCCAGAAGCAAGAACCUGUGAGGCUGCUCUGCAAAACACUGAACACAUGGAUGCGCCUCUGAUUUAAACUUGGAACUUUUCCUGUGAAAAUCCGUGUGGAUGUGUUUAUUCGGGGAAGUUGAACAAUGAGGAUUUGCUUUAACUUCACUGAUAGUCCAUCAGUUCUCUAGAAAAUUGCCACAUCGAGGGCCUUCGCUUCAUUUCCGGUUAUGCGUCGACAGUGAAAACCACAAUGUGGUUUUGUUUUGCUACACGAUCAACUAUAAUGAUCUAAGUUGAAGUUUUCUUUCUUUCUUACAGAUCAACAGAUUACUCUUACUGUUGCUUUGUGUUCAUGCAGGUCUUCUGUACAGUUUUUGCUUUCCACGAUGUGUGAUGGUUACAAAAAAAAAAACUCCAAUAAAGUUGCUC